GGGCUGAGGAACACAAAAAUGCUCAAAGGGGAGCGAGUAGAAGACCACUUUGCGACCCACAAGGGCUGUUGUUUUUCCCCAUGCAAUGUUUGUUUGCACUUCAGUGCGCACAACGACUGUUAAAUGAUCCAGCGCGGUCCACCAAGGGGCUCUCAGGACUCGUCCGGCUUCGCUUUUUGGUGGAGAUCCGCUAGCAGAGAGGACGCAAGAGGGAAUCGCUGAGCGAGAGGCAGUUUGUUGCAUGAACUCAGAAUCACUGCGAUGGAAUGAGCCGCUGCAGAAACUCUCCUAAACUUGUGGAGAACUUUUCUUUAUAGCGUCUUUUUUUUACUCCUGUGAGUUUCUAUUUUAGUUGUCGCCUCAAUCAUGUAUGGAUAACGGGAGGUUCGCUUGAGAAUCCGGCUCUAAUGGAUCAGCGCUGACGACUUUAUGGUGCCGGGAUUACACAGCGCAGUGCCAGCCUGUUGAACGCCCACACAAGGGCCUGUCGCACACCAUCUGCCUCGGAAUAAAUAAUACUCCUCAGUGAACACACUAUCCAUGGAAGUGGUGUAGAAGUUUCACAUAUGACACUGCAGUGAGUUUUACCGUUUCUCGCAGCCAGAACAAUGGCAAGCUCUGGCGCAUUGGCACAGAGCGCGUAUAGAUCUGUUUGGCCUCUCGGUUGCGUGCUUUUGUUUUUUGGCUACUUAACCGUGGCCUCACCGUCCCACGGUCGGCGGCUCAUAUGCUGGCAAGCCAUCAUGAACUGUCAAGCCGAGUCCGAGUGCAAUUACGCAUACGAGCACUACACGCGCGCAUGUGGCCCCGUGCUGAGUGGGGAAAGGAAAAGGUGUCCCAGCCACUGCAUCUCCUCUCUCGUCCAACUCAAUAUGACCAAAAACGGGCCGGCUCUGGAGAACUGUAGCUGCGCCCACGAUCCGGUUUGCACCAGCACCAAACGGGCCAUCGAGCCUUGUCUGCCCAGGACUACCAGCACCGGCUGCACGGAAGCUCGGCGUCAGUGCGAGAGAGACCAGCAGUGCAGCUCCGCUAUGCACGAUUAUUUGAACCACUGCGGGAAACUUUUCAGCGGGGCAGUCUGCACGAACGCCUGUCGGAAUGUGAUCGCGAAUAUGCGUAAAAUACCCAAGGGCCAGCAGCUGGACACUUGUUUGUGUGACGGGACGGAGAGGACCAUCUGUGAGUUUGUCAAGAGCAGCAUGAAGACGCUGUGCUUCGACUCUCCCGUCAGGGAUGAGGGUAGCGGGUCCGACGACGGCCUGGAUGUGGAUAACGAAGACGACCUCCCGGAUCCGGACUGUCCAGAGGAGUCUAAGAGCGGAGCCUCUCUCCCAGCAGCCCACUGUGUUUUGACCCUGUUGGCAUCCAUUUUGGUUCUUUUGCCCCUCUUUUAGUCCCCGGGUUCAUAAUCUGCUCCGAAUAAUGUCAGGAUAAAAGGCAAUCUAAACUUUUGUCACUCAGUUGACCUGCUUCUAUUGUGAAAGGUUAGAGCCUCAAAGACUAAAGGAAAGGGUGUUUGGGCGCAGGUCUUGUUUGAUGUGAGAGCUUUAGACGCUGAAGGAUAUCACAUUAGGAUAUUUUCUAUGCAAAUGAGACCAGAAAGAUGUUUUGAAACAGCCUGAACUCCGGGGUGCUCUCUUAUCAAACCGCACCACUCCCCGGCUCUACAGACACAAUGCUUAUGUGAUAAGCUAAAUUAGAUUGUCUACUUUCACUCAGUCACAGACUCUGUUGGUAAGGUUGUCAUAAUAGAGACACAGUUGGCUUGUUUUGGUAACAAUGCAAUGUUUGAUCAGUAUAUGCUGUGCACUGCCAAUCUUAUAUUUUUAAAGAUAUGAACUAUUUUUAUAUGGCACUGUUGCCAUUAGGCACCAGACUAUCUGAUUUACAAGUAUUUAAUGCUGGAAUCCAUGAACUUGUAAAUAGAUGAGGAGUUAAAGUGAAACCGUAAUUUAUUACAUGCCAACUAGUUACAUCCAAAUGAUCAUCGUGUGAAUAAAAGACUGAGAAUUCCAGCUUUAAAGGGAAGUUGUUUUGACUGUAUUCUCUUCAAAGAUAAUGUGUAUUGUACAUAUGUCUAUAGCCUAUAUAGAUUUUUUUCAGAGAAUCCUCUAUGUUUGAGGCUAUGAGAUGAUUUAUUCACUGUGUAUAGCCUAGAGAGAGAAACAUCUAAAUCCACUGUGUGAUUGCCUUAUUGAUAUACUUUUGUAGAAGGCAUAAAGGAAAGUUGAAGAUAUCA